AUGAAGAAAUCAACACGUUUGGCGGUGUGUAUUUGUCUUCUUUUGGUGGCGAUCGCUGCGCCACUAGUUUUAUCCGACGAAACGGAAGAACAGGAACAGAGCAGCCAGGAAGCGGUUGUGCAGGAUGGCCAGGAUGCACCGGCACCGGAAGCUGACACUGAGGUGAACGAAGGUGAAGCCACCGAUACGGAACAGCAGGAGGAAACGGAAGGAUCCGAACCGAUUCAGGGAGUGCUUCCACAGCAAAUAAACAUCCUCAUGGUACCAGCCGCUUGUAAGCCGGGCUAUCGUGUCGAUCAUAAGGGCAAAUGCCGUCCGGCUCUGUGA